UGUUGAAGCAGGUUAUGCUGUUUUCGAAUAAUACUUAGGUCUCUGGUAAUUGUGUCUUAAGGGUAUAAUGCGCAAUUUAGUGCGAAGAUACGUGACAGUGGAACAGCGUAAAGCCGAAAACCAAGGUGUCACUGAAGACGAUGUGAACGAGAUCAAGCAGGACAUAUCUGCGUUCCGCUUCGAGCUUAUAGAAAUACUGAAAAACUCGGGAAUGAACACUUCUACGGCGCAUAGCGGUAUGGGCACCGGCGGCAAGAAAAACAGACAGAAAGAGCGGAGACUGAUGAAGGGCUUCAACAUCGGACCCCAACCUUCGACUUCGUCCGCUUCGUUGCCUCCCGUUGCUGAGUUCAUCGCGUCCUUACAACAGACACAUCACCACCACACGGGCAGUCAAGACAGUCAUCAUCAUCACCAUCACCAUCACGACUUCUUCGGCAGCACUCUGUCUGGCAUUUUCGCCGGUGCAACGGGUCAUCAAAGGAAAGGUCACAUUGGAUCAACAGUUAGUUCUUCACAGGGUAGCAUCAACGAAGGUCACCAUCAUCACCACCAUAAAAGAAUGAAUCUGAAACGAUCACACUCCCACAAGAGGCGAUGGGGUACUUUGAUUGAGGCUGCUAAGACAGGCAAGUUUCAGUGUCAGAUUAUUAUAAGUGAUCUGCAAGUAGACCCAUAUUUUACUAUAAUGGAUUCAUCCUCAUCAAGCUUUGACCCAGACGUGGCAUCUUCGUAUCGUGCUAGGAAGCAAGGAGGUCCAGUGCCGUAAUUAUUUGAAUCAUCUGAAUUCUUAUACACACCUCAUCUAGUAGAAAAAGAAACACAAGAAAGAAGAGUUUCCAUUUUACAUGUUACAGACUUUAUGUUAUUACAGACUUUUCUUGUUGUUAUCUCUUAUCUCUUAUCUGG